UUUCCAAUCAGAAUGUGUUCCAAUCGCGACUGAGGUGGACGUGUGUUGUCAAACGCGCAUCAAAUUGAAUGAGAUUUUUUCCUCUGCCCUGACUGACUAAUCGCCUCCAGGAAUUUGGUGUGAAAAAUCAGUGAAAUCCACUUUUACACGCGUAGUUUGGUGCUAGAUUGUGCAGUGAUCGAUCGGCGAGAUGGUGUGGGGCUUUGUGACCUGUGGUCCGAACGAGGCGCUGGUGGUUUCAGGAUGCUGUCAUAUGAAACCACUCUUGGUUCCCGGAGGGCGGGCAUUCGUGUGGCCAUCGGUGCAGAGAGUUCAACGAAUCUCCCUCAACACGAUGACGCUGCAGGUGGAGAGUCCCACCGUUUAUACCAGCCAGGGUGUUCCAAUUUCCGUGACUGGCAUUGCCCAGGUUAAAAUACAGGGCCAGAACGAGGACAUGCUGCUGACGGCGUGCGAACAGUUCCUCGGCAAGUCCGAGGCCGAGAUCCAGCACAUUGCUUUGGUCACACUGGAGGGCCACCAGCGCGCGAUCAUGGGCUCGAUGACGGUGGAGGAGAUCUACAAGGACCGGAAGAAGUUUUCGAAGCAGGUGUUUGAGGUCGCCUCGUCGGAUUUGGUUAACAUGGGCAUCACAGUCGUUUCGUACACGCUGAAGGAUAUUCGCGACGAGGAGGGUUAUCUGAAAAGCCUUGGUAUGGCUCGCACGGCCGAGGUUAAGCGCGACGCUCGCAUCGGAGAAGCGGAGGCUCGCUGUGACGCCACUAUCAAGGAAGCCAUUGCCGAGGAGCAGCGGAUGGCCGCACGAUUCUUAAACGACACCGAAAUCGCCAAGGCCCAGCGGGACUUCGAGCUGAAAAAGGCUGUCUACGACGUGGAGGUGCAGACGAAGAAAGCCGAAGCCGAAAUGGCCUACGAACUGCAAGCGGCCAAAACCAAACAGCGCAUCAAGGAGGAACAGAUGCAGAUCAAGGUUAUCGAACGUACCCAGGAGAUCGCCGUUCAGGAGCAGGAAAUGGCUCGCCGCGAACGUGAGUUGGAAGCCACCAUUCGGCGACCGGCCGAGGCCGAAAAGUACAAGCUGGAAAAGUUGGCUGAAGCUAACAGGAAUCGGGUCAUCUUGGAGGCCGAAGCCGAAGCGGAGGCGAUCAAAGUACGCGGAGAAGCCGAAGCAUUUGCCAUUGCUGCCAAGUCGAAGGCGGAGGCCGAACAGAUGGCCAAGAAGGCGGAAGCCUGGCGAGAAUAUCGCGAAGCUGCUAUGGUUGAUAUGCUGCUGGAUACGUUGCCAAAGGUGGCCGCCGAAGUUGCAGCCCCGCUGUCCCAGGCCAAGAAGAUUACUAUGGUAUCCAGUGGUAAUGGUGAGGUUGGUGCGGCAAAGCUCACUGGGGAGGUACUGCAGAUCGUCAACAAGAUCCCGGACCUGGUCAAAUCGAUCACUGGCGUGGACAUUUCACGGUCGGUACACGCUGGCUAGAGCCCCAGAUUGGUUGGCGAACGCGUGUUCUAACUCGUUUAGAUUUCGAUCCAUCAUCUACUAGUUCGACGACGAAGACGGGAACGACAAUGGCGCAUGCUGCAGUAACGUCGAGUAACAGCAGGCAUAGUAAAUUUUACAAAGACCGUACAAGAGCAACUACAUUAUUUGGAGAUGAUUGAUGGUGCCGUUGAUUUACGAGCUUUACGUAUGUUAUGUUACUUUUUGGUAAGUCUUGUUUUUGUUUGAUUUUUGUACAUGUUAAAAGUUACUUUUAUGUAUAUUUUGGGAUGGUUCAUAGUAUUUUUUGUAUAGCCACUUCUUUAUAAAACAAAAUCUGCCAUUUAUAUUCUUUAAGUAUUAUUCAUAAUUAAAAAAUAACUUUCGGUUUUUGGAAUUGCUUCUAUAAAUCCGAUUGAGUCAAAGAGUUAUUUCACUAGAAAAGAGUCUCCUUUCCCAACUUCAAAUGUUUUAAAAACACUGCCAUUGCAUACAAUUUCCGAUUCGAAUCAUAAAAAGCACAAUACUGCACAUAACUUUACUAGAUGAAUGCAAAUGACAAAACUCAUUUCUUAAACUCGAGUGUGACACUGACAUUUUGACUUAAUCUGGAAGAGGAACGUUAAUUCAACCUAAACGCUACCAAUUUUGCUACACGCAAUACGGCCAUACAAAUACGUUUCUCCAAUAUUUACAUAUUCUUCAUCGGAAGUGCUAUGCCCAGCCAUGUUAGAACGUCGGAAACAAGAAAAUCCUUGAUGGGACUCGAAUCUAGGAAUGAUCAUUCAAUCAACACUUAUAUAGACCUUAAAACGCUCGUACCAAAUCUAUUAUCUUUCGAACCUCUAUCUAUUACUGAUGUUGCUCGAAAUCUGUCCAUCCACUCGUUUGGCCUUUUGCUCUUAGAUGAUUUCUAUCCAAGAUUCAAAUCAAUUGUUUCGAUUUCGAUCCUCUCAUAGGAAAACAUAUGAUAUUAAACCGAUAUUCCAUCAAAUCUAACCAAAAUGCUCGCUACAUUUGCGGUAGCCGCUUUGCAGCUAAGCUAAGUUGCAAAGCAGUCACCUUAAGUGUUUCAGCAACAUUAAAUGAAAUCUGUAAGAGAAACACAAAUUAGAACGUAGGACAUUUUCCGGUAGGUGUAGAAACCUCGAAACACAAAACAAUUCUCGUAAUGUCGUGACCUUAUUGGGAUAUAUUCGUUUCGAUAUAAACGCCAGGUGGUAGUAAAAUUAGGCUGAUGUGUGUGUGAGGCAAAAGAUAAAAAUGUAAAUUCAAAAUUCCAAAGAAAUGAACAAAAUCUAAGAUAAUUACACUAGCAAACGCAUUUAUAGCGAGAAAGAGAAAGCAUUACUUGUGGAAGAAUAUUUAUCCACCCAACCAAAGGAACAUAUAUAUUUUAUAUUGAAAAUUUCUCGAUCGAUGGAUUACACAGCAUAACAUGGAAAAUAUUACCGUAAUGUGGAGACAACCGAGCACAUAAGUGUUCAAACAAAGUAUUUGAUUUCCUUAGCAUUGUAACCAGUGAAUUAACUAUGUUUCACCAAAACGGCAAUUCUAGCGAAUGCGCAUAUAAUCUCUGUUCGUGUUUAUUUCAUCGUCGUAUAAUGCGAAACGUUCAAAGUAAUAAAAACCAAAUAGUACUAUUAAACUUUCUGAACAGAUAA